AUUAUUUAUGGCAACUCGUUCUUUAGUACCUACUUUUAUUAUGAAAACAUUUGAAAUGCUGGAUGUAUAAAUUAAUUGGAGAUUAGGAUUAAUCAAUAUCACAUAUUGUAUCAUGGACUGAACAUGGAUUAAGUUUUGUAGUAAAGAGUCAAAAACAAUUAUAACAAUAAGUUCUCCCUCAUUAUUUUAAACAUAGAAACUAUUCUAGUUUUUUAAGGUAAUAUAAAUCUUAUUGUAGAUAACUCAAUUUAUACAAUUUUAAGAAAAGCAAACAUGAAGAUGGAUAAGAAUUUAAACAUAAAUGUUUCAGAAAAGGAGUAAAGUAUGUAAAUUAUAAUAAAUCAUAUAAUAGACAAAUGUUACAAUUUAUUAAAAGGAGAAAUAAUGAUGAUAGUAAUUAAGAAACUGUUAAUCCAAAUCAACCAUGUACUCCUAAAUCUUUUAAUAUAGCUGCAAAAUUAAAGGAAGAGUAAAAUAUUCUAAGAACAUGUGCAUCUGAUAUAAAGGAUACUAAUAGUAGAUUAGAUGAAGAUAUGUAAAUUUUAAAAUAAAAAAGCAGUGUUCUUCUUGAAGAAAUGUGGAAUCUAAAAAAAGUAAAUUUAUUAUCUUAAUUUAAGCUUUUACAUAGUUAAUUUGAUUAGGUCAAUCAUAAAUUGGAAAGAAUCGAUAUAAUCAUAGGCGCAAUGUCUUAACAUAAAAAAUUUAAAAGUAUUAUUAUUAAAUAUAUGAUAGAUAUUUCUCAAUAUUUUACUACUAAAUUUUUAUAAAAUGAAUUAUAAACUUUAGAAACCAAUUUAAAUUAACCAUUAUUCGAAUCUCCUAAAUAAGAUAUUGAUGAUUAAGAAUAGAUUAAAGCCUUAUUUGAGGAAUUACAAAAUCUAAGUAAACCUAUUCAUUUUGAUUGA